AUGGCAGAAAUGAAUGAUAUGGUGGUCAUUGGCGCUGGUCUGUAUGGCCUCAUGGCUGCGAAAACAUAUCUAGAUGUCAAUCCCACUGCCACUGUGGAGAUUCUUGAAGCGAGUCGUUCUGUGGGAGGAGUGUGGGGUCGAGAUAGGCUGUGCCGCGGCGUCAAAACAAACAGUAUCGCGGGUAGCUAUGCGUACAGCGACUUCCCCAUGUCUGAGGCACGCUUCGGUGUCAAGUGGCACCAACACGUACCAGGUGAGGUGGUGUACAAGUACUUCGAGGCCUUCGCGACCCAGUAUGAUCUCCACCGCCGCAUCCGUCUCUCGUGCCGUGUCGAAACCGUGGAGAAAUGUUCCGACGGGUCUUGGUCCAUCUCAUCCAUUCAAGACAAUCAACCCAUCACGAUCAACACACGUCGUCUGAUCGUCGCAACGGGCCUAGCCUCCGAACCUAUUAUGCCCCAAUACCCCGGCUCUUCAUCCUUCGAGCGCCCACUACUCCACUGUAAAGACCUCGCCAGUCAUCACGAGCUAUACAACACCGCAAAAGCUGUUGCAGUCGUAGGAGGCUCCAAAUCCGCCUGGGACGCCGCCUACCAGUUCGCCUCCCUAGGCACCCGGGUGCACUGGAUCCUGCGCAAGUCCGGCCACGGGCCCGCGCGCCUCCUGCCGGCACAAGCCACGCCCUUCCGCCUCUGGAUGGAGAAGAUCGUGACCACGCGGUGCAUGACCUGGCUGAGUCCCUGCCCCUGGGGCGACACAGACGGCAACGGCGGCGGCUGGAUGCCGCGCUUCCUGCAGGGCACGACGAUGGGCCAGUGGAUUUCGCGACACCUCUGGACCUGGUUCAGCACCACGUGCCUGCAGGACCCAGCCCUCGUCCGCAGCGCCGAGACCCGCAAGCUGCAACCCCAGGCCAUCAAGCCGUUCACCCCGGCCGGCGGCUUCAGCGCCCGCAACUACCCGCCCGACUUUUUCCAGUACAUCGACAGCGGCAUGAUCCAGAUCCACACGGCCGACAUCGACCAUCUCGCUGCACCGGGCUCCAUUUACUUGCAUGACGGCCCCUCCCUCGACGUCGACGCCCUCAUCGUCUCCGGAGGCUGGCAGCACUGGCCGACCAUCAAGUUCCUCCCCGCCGAAAUCCACGAGCAGAUGGGCUUCCCCCGCACCCGGGGCGCGCGCAACCCGCAGGCUGAGCGCAUCGAUCGCGAGAUCCUCCGCCAGUUCCAGUUCCUCAACAACGGUAUCAUGGAUAGAGACGCUGCUGCUGCUGCCGCGGCGGCGGCAGCAGACACAAAGGUGCCCCACCGCGACGACGCCCCCUGGCGCCUCUACCGCUUCAUGGUGCCUCCCGCCUUCAUCAACGACCGCAGCAUCGGCUUCGCCGGCUUCGUAGCAACAACCCUCAACGCCGUGUGCGCGCAGACGCAAGCCCUCUGGCUCACGGCGUAUUUCAGCAGUAGUAGUGGUGGUGACGACAACCACUCAACUGAUCCCAACAACCUUACCAGAUCAUUACCAGUAGGCCGAGGCACACCCGACCAGAUCUGGCGGGACACGCUGGUGCAUUCGCAGUUCUCGCAGUGGCGGUACCCCGGAAGCUUCGGGCACCGGUUCCCGAUCGCCUUCUACGAGGGCCUGCCGUAUGUGGAUCUGCUCUUGAAGGAUCUGGGCUUGCGGGUCAGAAGGAAGGACGGGGUGUUGCGCGAGUGGUUCGAGAGUUAUGGGCCCGAGGAUUAUUGUGGGAUUGUGGGGGAGUGGUUGCGGUUGUGGAGGGGAGGGGGAGGGGAUAUAGUUGAGUGCAGUGAGUGA